AUGAGCGUUUUAGAGUCAGGGGUCUUUCUAUUCCCCCCUCUGUCCCAUAAAGGCAAGGGGCCUGGUAUGAUUAUUAUAGUGCCCGAUAACCCCUUAAACCAACUUGUUCAAAUCAAUGGUAUUCCUUCACCGUCGCUGAAGUGGGCCAAAGAGGGAUAUACUGUCCUCGAGAUCCAAGAGUCGGCAAUUGAUCGAGGAUAUGUUCUUGACCAAGCAAUUGCGACAUUUGCGCAGCAUGACCGGUGCACACCCCAUGACCUCAUUGGUCUCGUUGUAUACGGCUCUCAACUCUGGGAAAAAGCGAAAUGUCUUGCGGGGUUUAAUAAAGUCACCGCGGCAGCUGUCUAUCUAGCAGCUGGUGAUGACGUACAGUUUGCAUCGAAUGAUAUUCCCACGGUGCAGCAUGUGGCAGGGAAGGCAAGUUGGAAGCUGCGGAGAACAGAAAGCAUAAUCCAAUACGAGUAUCCAGAGAUACAAGACUGGUCUUUUGCUCUCCCUAGCCCCUCGGAAUUCAAUUGUGCGGAGGAGGGCGUCUCUCAUACCCGAAACUUGACCUUCCUCAAAAGACACAUGAAUGGUCCCUAUUUUGAUCUGGAGGCUAUCUGGAAAGAGCAUACAUACUUUGAGUUUGGCAAUCGAUCAGCUGAGCAAACAAUGAGCACUAUGGUGCAAGAGCCUUAUGUGAAUCAUAUCCCAACCGUGACAGGGGGAAUAGGACGAGACAAAUUGACUCGAUUCUAUCGAGACAACUUUAUUUUUACCAACCCGCGAGACGUUAAGAAUCAGCUUAUUAGUCGAACAGUUGGCAUCGACCGUGUUGUAGACGAGUUCAUCAUGACAUUUACUCAUGAUUCAGAAGUCGACUGGCUAAUCCUCGGAAUUUCACCGACUGGCUGCAAGCUUGAAAUCCCCUUCAUGGCAGUCGUCAACAUCCGAGGUGACCGUCUCUACCACGAGCACAUAACAUGGGACCAAGGAACCGUGCUAAAGCAACUGGAUUUAAUAUCCGAAUAUCUCCCAUACCCGUAUCCAAUCUCCGGUGGGAAAGGGGCAUUGCCGGGGAUGACCUUUGAAGUCCAAGUUCCUGUGGCAGGAUCUGAGUGUGCGGCUAAAAUGCGUGACAAAAACGCCAUACCUUCGAAUCUGUUUUUUGGAAUGCGAUUGCGGGAAGGGGGACUUGACACAAAUCAGGACAUAUUAAGGGAAUCCUGA